CUCAGGGCGGUCGGUGGCCCGGACAUGGCGGCGGGGGGGAUGCCGGUGGAGCACAACCCGUUCUCGUUCCGCGAGUUCGUCCGCAGCAAGGCGCGGGGCGGCGGGGACGAGCCGCAGCCCGGCCCGAGCCUCGGCCCGUUAUUGCUGCCGGAUCCGGCACCGCCCGGUGAGCCGGAGGACGAUGAGGAGGAGGAGGAAUGGAGCGGGAGCUACCAGCCGCUGGCCGUGGAGCAGGCCCACCUCGCUGCUGCGGGCCGCGCGUCGCCCUCCUCCGGCUCCUUGUGCGAGGGAGCGGAGCGGAGCGCGGCCUCUCCCUCCCUGCGGCAGCCCAGCUAUGAGGAGCUGAAGGAAGAGAAUGCCACUUUGAGAAGCAAGAUCAACAAGCUUCAGAUUUUCUCUGAAACUCAAGCAGACAAGGUGAGGAAGCUUGAAAAAAAGCUGGAGGAGAACAAAAUCAAAGAGGAAAAAGAAGCACAAGAUUUGGAAGCGAUGGUGCAGCACGUGGAACAGAACCUCCAGCUGAUGACUAAACGGGCUGUUAAAGCGGAGAACAGUGCUACAAAACUGAAACAGGAGAAUGCGUUACUGCAGGUUCAGCUCCAGAAUUACAAGUCAGAGAACGAAGCCUUGAGGUUGGGCCAGGCAGCGAGUCUGGCCACGGUGAGGCAGAAUGCAGAUGCUGCCCUGCAGAACCUUCUCACUGUCAUAACCAACUCCCGGGCUUCCAUCAGGCAGCUGGUCUCUGGAGCAGAGUCACUGCAGCUUGUCGCUGAUCUCCUCACAUCCAUAGACAGGAUUUCAGAAGUGUCCCAGGAUGGACAGUGACUGGAACAGAACGGAAACCAUUCCCAAAAACUCUGGUUUUGAUACUUGG